AUGUACUCCGUGCCAUACAUGGACGGUGAAAGUGCGGUCGUGGAUAUGCGAAAGCACUGCGCCUUUCGUCCUGCCUUCGAUGUUCUCGCAAGCGGGCGGACCGAAAAUAUUUCUAGUUGUGUGGAACAGUCAGCUAAAGACGAAUUAGGGCAACAAACAGACAGCAAACCGUGUUCAUCCCUUGGAGAGCCAAUUAGCGUUGAGACACCUUGUUCCGACGUAGAAGAGAACGAUGAAUUUUGUGUUGGUGAGGAAGAGGAAGGAAUCGAUGCCCAGUGUUUGUCGGCUUCGCCGAGUCCAAUGGAACCUGGUUUACGUGAUCUUAUUAGAAAGUACGUUCGCGUCGAUUAUGUUAUUCACUGUCUUGAACUGGCUGGUUUUGAUUCAGCCGCGGUUUUCACCUGUUUAACUAGUGAGGCUAACAUUAGACAGUUGGAGGCCUUUGUCGGGACAACUUGCGCUCUCAUAAACUCGACAAAAAUACGACAGUACUUCCUUGGUCCAGUUUACUCGCGUCACCCAACAAGCUUCAAACUUCCUGCUGGGGUUGUCUGUGGCCUUCGCCUGGCCAUCCAAGAGCUCAAGCAGAAAAACAUCUCAAUGUCAUUUAAUUCGCCACUUACUACAGUUUCCGAUGCCACUGUACAAACGGAGAUAUCAUUCCCCACAUUAGGAGGUAGUGGUGGAGGUGGCUUCGGAGCAGCUUCAAUUACUUCUUCUGAAGGAAGUCCGCCAGAUCCACCUUUUGCCAACGCUCCUGAUGCCUCGUCUUUACCGCCACCAGCACAUAUCUCUGUUGAUAACCUACCCUACAGCGAUCCACCAUCGAUGUCGGUCAUUGAAAAAGGUAACUUGGAAUGUAAACGAGUGUUGGAUGGUCUAGGGGGGCAUUUUUCCAUGCACACACAGCCCCAGUCCCAGCAGACACAUUCGAAGACCUCCGCCACGUUAAACGAGAACAUCGAUGUCGAGCGGCUCAUUCAUCAUUCCUCUGCUAGUGCCUGCCGUCUAGCUGCUAGGCAAUUUGUCAACGCAAACCUCGUACGGGGACAGCAUUUCGACAUGAAAAUGGAAGUGUCUGGAGGUGGAGAAGGAGGUCAGAAACGAGUAACCGGCAUAUUCUACUGCCACCUUUGCCGUGAGAAACGAGAACGAACGUGUGCAGUGCGCUUCUCUGUAGCGCGCAACCGCUACCCUGUGAUGAGCAAUGUGCUUUCUCACCUUAAAACACAUUUUCAAUACCAGUCAAGCAGCGCGACAGCGGCCGCUGUCGGAGUAAAAAAACUCCCACCAUCUGUGUCCCCCCCUGUUCCAAUGGAUUCGACCGGCCCGUUCCUCUCGCCGACCUCUUUCUGCAAUCUCAUGUCUCGGGUUGUGCAGUUUGCGGCGUCGGCAAACACUAUUCCCAGACAAAGUCCGCUUGCUUCACCAAUACAAUCAAAAUUAAGUUCUGUAAACUAA